CUUAACAGAGUGAUUGUCCCUCCGACCCACGACCCUUCUUCCGCCGCACAGCUCGUUAAGAAAGCAGACAGAGAGAGAGAGAGAGGAAGAAAGAGAAGAUCUUCUCUGGAAAUUCGAACAAGAUUCUGCAACAUUUCUGCUCUGCAUACUUGUUUUUGGUUGUACUUACGUGAAAUUCAAAUUUAUUUUAUCUGAUUUCGACCUACUUCGACAAGCGAACAACAGAAUUGAUGUUUUCUCGAUUUUCAGACACAUUUGUGCUGCACGUUGCUGAGCUUACCGUAAUUCAGGUCAAAGCGAUAAUUUGCCUCACAGAUUUCCUGGAAAACUUUGGAGAACUGAAAGUUUCGAUUUCUGGUUGAAAAGCGUCGGGAGUCCCAGAAAAUUCGCUGUAUAAACGAUUACUUGGAAUGCGCCGAGGUGAAAGUUGGCAGAAAACAUUACAAUUGACGGUUCUUUAUUACGAAAGGAUAACGCCUGGAGGUUUGGACCUUCACGCUUCGUGAUUUUCAGGUAGAAAUUCAUCUGUGGACUUCUAAGUACUAUCUCUUUGAUCGAAUUCGUUCAAGUUGUCGGAAUUCUAGCACCGGCGUUAAAUUGACUAACAAAGUUGAGAGCCUGAAAUUCUACGGAAGAAAAAAAGAAAAGAAAGGAAAUAUAUCUCACUUUCAGAUGGAGCUCCCUCAACCUCGUCCCUUCGGAACCGAAGGCAAAAAACCAACACACGAUUUUCUUUCACUGUACAGUCAUUCAUCUUUCCAAAACCAGGAUCCGAGGCCUCCUCAUGGAGUUUUCCUGAAAACGCAUGACUUUCUAAAACCACUGGAAAGUGUUGAGAUGAACAGUGGCAAGGGAGAAAACACAGUUGAGACGGCCCCCCCCCCCUCUUCAGUCGAGCAUGCUCUCCCUGGGGGAAUUGGCACCUACAGUAUAAGCCACAUUUCCAAUUUCAAGAACGAAAGCGUUUCAAAGCUGAAGACAAGUGUAUAUAACGUGGCACGAGCGAGCAUUGCAGAUAGGGAUGGUGAAGCUAAUAAAGCUACCCCUAACCCUAAAAGUACUUCUCACAGUGGGGGGACCUUCGCAUUGUGGAAUGAAUCUGUAGUGAAGGAAAAAGGAGCAAUGGUGCAGAACAGCGCCGCUGGAGAGAUACAGGUCUUAAAAGAGCCGGCGGAGAAGGUAGGGCAGUGGUCGUCGGAGCGGCAAUUACAGACCCCUUUCAUCCACAGCAACAGCUUCAGCUCUCAGUCAUCCUCCAAGCAUUCGGGACAGAAAACCCAGAGCUUCGUGGGUAUGAUGAAGUCGGCCAAGGGUCAUCAGGAAGAGGAAGAAGACGAUGAGGAAGAGUUCAUUUCCAAGAGAGACGCUCCUUCCCAGAAAGGCGACUUAACUGUAAAGGUGGACGGGAAGAGCACCGACCAGAAGCCUGUCACACCACGAUCAAAGCAUUCUGCCACAGAGCAGCGGAGAAGGAGCAAGAUUAAUGACAGAUUCCAGAUACUAAGAGAUCUCAUACCCCAGAGUGAUCAAAAGAGAGAUAAAGCAUCCUUCCUAUUAGAGGUCAUAGAAUACAUUCAGUUUUUACAGGAAAAGGUGAAUAAAUAUGAGACGGCAUUUCCCGGAUGGAAUCAGGAGCCCACAAAGUUGGUGCCAUGGAGAAAUAUCCGCAGGCCUGGAGAAACUAUGAUUGAUCAUUCUCAAGUGCUAAAGAAUGGACCUGGUCCAGGGUUAAUGUUUGACAAUAACAUUGCCAUCACUCCACCCAUGCUCGCAAAUGCUCAGAAUGCAGUAGAUGCUGACUUGAGGGCAGGUGGUGCAAACAAAAUAAUGGAUCAUCAUGCUGGGCUAACAAACAAAGGAGUACCUAUGCCUAUUUCCUUUCAACCAAAUAUGCUCACUCCUGUGGUAAGAGGUGCUGUGCUUGCCCAACCAUCCCAAAGACCCUUUUCAGAUGCAGACAAUAUGGCUUCUCAGCAACAAACCCAGUUGUGGCAGAGCAGAACAUGCACAACUGAUUGCCCUGCCACAAGUGAUACAGUGAAUGAACAGGAGGAGGUGACUAUUGAAGAAGGGACAAUCAGCAUAUCAAGUGCCUAUUCGCAAGGGUUGUUGAAUAAUUUAACGCAAGCACUACAGUGCUCAGGUGUGGAUCUAUCACAAGCUAGCAUCUCAGUGCAGAUUGAUCUUGGGAAGCGAGCAGUUAGUAGACUGGCAGGCAUGACAUCGAGUGCCAAGGAAGACUGUACCGGCAAUCAGGCAGUAUCACAUUCUAAGGGUGCCAGCAGUGGUGAGGACUCGGAUCAAGCUUCAAAGAGACUAAAAACGGAAAGAAGUUAGACAUUCUCUUCCCGUUGUUUGUUUCUCUUCCAUUUUUCAUUUAGCUUGUCAUUUCUUUCGGCUCCCCCUUCCUCUUUAUUAGGAGACCUAUGGCAUUUCCUAGCCCGCAAGCAACAAGCCAGAUUGAUUCUACAACCUCGGCCUUGCAGUUUGUUGGGAUGAUAUACACACUGAUUGUUGUCGAAAGCCUUAGAAUUCAUUUAUUUGUAAUUUUCUCAAGAGAGGCUUCCAUAAGAUUUUGAGAAGCUGCUUUCCUUUUCAAGGCUUCCAUUCACAUGUGGAGCUUCUUUUCUAAUCUUGGAUAUUUUACUACACAAUUUCAUGGAAUGUAAACAGACGUGUUUCUUUUUGUUGUG